AACAUUUGUCAGCAACAGCAUGGAAUAGAAAACAAGUCCGAACCUUCGAGUGGCACCAACACCAUGUGCUGAGGCCUAGGCCUAUCUAACGACAAGCCUGGUGUACUAGUAGGAACCGAGUAAGGGGUCAAGGAAUGCAACGGCCAGCACCCGGCACGGUUAUAAUGUUGGACUGCAUUACUGAUGACGAUGUGGGGCGAAAGCUCCGCGUUGCAGGACGGAUGCUCAUGUACGACCCUUCCACCGCACUUGUACUCCUCUCACUUUCCUCCCACGGACUUCUGGUAGACACUUCUCUUGUAAUCGAUCCGGAUGCAGUGCUUUCUACAGUAAAAUGGGGCGGGACACUCGAUCCAAAUGUGAACUACAACUGGAUACACGAACGUCAAGCAUGGGUGUGGGUUAUGGGAUGGUUGGAGAGGUCCGAGCAGGACCUCCCAAUACCGGAACUCCCACCCUACACAUCACCACCAGACGUUGACCCGUCGAUUGUUCUUAAAGCGCUGAACGUCACUCCUGCGCGAGAUCUGGAUGUUGUCGGCCUACGUUCGGCGCUUGCCGCGAUGGGAGAGUUACUACCUAUGACGUAUCCAGUAUGAUAGGCGUUGAGUCAUGUCGCCGAUGUCGCAAUGUGAGUGAUUAAUAUUGCUGAUAUAUAUCAUGCUUUGCUGCGGGCUGAUUUCCCAUUUCGUAGCUAUAUCAAGCUGACGAUUUUUGGGCUGCGCAUCUUGCAGAGGUUGCUGGUCGUCGAGGGUCAUUGGCAGGAGACCAAUCGCAUCGUAAGGCUCGACGAGGAGGUGUCUGCGUUAAUUCACGGAGAAGAUGUCGAGUAGAAGUGUGUAUAUUACGUGCUGUUUAAACUGUUGACUUGGAUAUAUACUCGUACUGA